UACUUUCUAUUGUUUCCGGUUUUCCCUACUUUACUCUCUCUCUCUCGAUCGACCCACGCCCACACCUCACCCAGUACCCAUAGAAAAACCCAACCAGCGGAGAUUACGACGACGACGAUGUAUAUGACGACGAAGACAACGACCCAACCAAGCUCAUAAUCAAGAGGGAUGGCUUCCGCCGACUGGAGUUCGCUGCCGUGUGAGAUCGUGCAGGCCAUUGGAAAUCGAUUAGGUGCUAUUGAAGAUUUUCUCGCGAUUGCAGCGGUCUGUCUUGCUUGGAGAUCUGCCUUUUCCAACAAGAAGAUCUGGAGUCCGUGCAUUCCUAGGCUUCCCUGGUUGAUGCUCCCUCAAAGCGUUGAUGGCGUCGAUCCCUGGUUGCAGAAGAUGCCGCCACAAAGCAGCGGUGAAGGCAACCCCUCGCCCUUGGCAGCCGCCACAUAUUUCUUCAGUUCGGAAAGGAACAAGUUGUAUAUUAUCGACGUACCAGAGAUUUAUGGUAGGCGUUGCUUUGGAUCUCAAACUGGAUGGAUCUUCACUGUUAAUGAAUGUGUCCUUGACCAUGAGGCUCAUCUUGUAAAUCCACUAACCCGGUUACGAAUCCUUCUCCCUCCCCUAUCUUCCUUGAAGCCAUGGUUUGCGCCAAACAAUUUUGUGCGUAAAGCAAUUACCUUUCACCACCACUAUUUAGACAUAGUUGUUAUGGCUAUUUGCGGUGACAUUCGCAAGUUAGCAUUAGCCAGACCAGGAUAUUCAUCUUGGGUACCAGUGGAACUGGAAACCCCGUAUCCCUGUUUCGAAGAUGUCGUCUGCUUUGGUGGCGAUCAAAUCUUUGGGGUUCGAAAGGAUGGAAGUCUCGUGCUUUGUGAGAUUGAUGAUGAUGAUGAUGAUACUGCUACUCCUCCAAAAGCUAAGGCCGUUUCUUUUGCUCCGGCUCUUGGUCGGCAGCAGCUGCAGCGGGUAGAAGAGGUUCGGAAAAAAAAGGUUUACCUGGUGGAAUCAGAGGGAGAUCUGCUUCUGGUGCUACGACUUUGGAGAGAUCCUCCUCGUCCUCCUCUUCUUACUCAAGAAGUAGAUGUUUCCUCUUUUAUCAUCUUCAGGCUCAAUUUCGGCACCAGAGAAUGGGUCGAGUUGGAAUUGGGGAAUCGCACUUUAUUCGUCGGCGAUAGUUAUUCCAUGUCUUUCUCUGCAAGGCAUGGUCUCCGCUGCCAACCUCACAGCAUCUAUUACAGUGAUGAUCUUCCUCAUUGGAGUGGAUUGCAUUUUAACCGCAAAGCUCAAGCCCGACCCCAAGCCGGAGGACGAAUAGUACGUGACAUGGGUAUAUUUGAUGUGGGAGAUUCGACCUUCCGGUAUCGUUACCUUGAAGGUGUCGAUGAUGCCCGCCCCCCUUUGUUUUCACCCCCAAUUUGGGUGGUUCCCAGCUUUUAACUUAAUUAGAGCAUCUCCGGCCUCAAAUUUUAAAUCAAAGUUUACUCUAAAGGUUCAAUUUGAUAUGAGCAUCUCCAGUCCUUUACUCAGAUUUUCUAGGGCUCCGCCGUGCACCGACACAACAAUGCUCUUCACCACCGUCUGCUCGGCACCACCGUCCCCUGCUGCUGAACCCGAGAAAAAUCUGAGUAAAAGAGGCCAGAGAUGCUGGUAAUAAAUUGAGCUUAUACUCAAAUUUGAGUAAAAAAUUGAACAAGGGCGGGAGAUGCUCUCACAAGUUAAAAUCCUUUGCCUUUGAUCUGCAAUCUGUUAAUUUUCUUAACUUAGUUAUUUUUGUGAACUCAUCCUGGCCCUCCACGAGCAGCUUGCUUUGUAGAUACAUCAGUUUUUUUCCUUCUCUUUUGUUGGUUAUGGCUUGAUGUUCAUAGGAAUGAAUUUGAACUCUGGUCUUCAUUUGGUUAGUUACCUUUUUUAAUGUCAUGUAGCUGUUAUUGUUGGUGAAAA